GACCAGAAGGUGAAGCGAAAGCCUGCACUGAAGAAGCCGGCCCAAAGCCACGAGAAGAUCCCCAAGGUGGACGUGUUUCUUCUCGCGGGUGAAGAGCAGAUGGAUGCCAGAGAAGAAGCCCUUUCGAAGAAGAAGGACCCAGAUGCUGAUGGAGAGGAGCCGAACCUGAGCCAAGCCUCGACACUGGUACUUCCAGGAGUUCCGGGAGCUGUGCUGCCAGAAUACCCGCAGAAGGAUGAUGAGAAACCGUUGCUAGAAGAGCCUGAGCCGGAGCCUGUGAAAGAAGCCUUCAAAGAAGAGGACAAGAAGGACAAGGAGCCAGAAAAGCUCAGGAGGCUCACAGUGUCUUUGGAGUUCGAGGUCUAG